CCCCAGAGUCAUUAUGGGUCCGCCUAGGUACUAUCAAAGCUUCAUCUGGUACCCAGGUAGGCGACCAGCCUCCUGGAUUUGGAACUUGAGUCCGCUUUCACCAAACCUGGGGGCACCAGCUUCGUUCCGUCAUGGUCCCUCUGCCUAAUUAAACAUUCUCUCGUGUCCACUCUUUAGUACUGCCUCUAUACUACCCAACCCCUCCCCCAGUUCAGUUUACACAUUACCCGAAACUAUGUCAACUACCUCGCACGUGUGAGUGCUCACUACUCCCUUGCUUUUCCCGAUACCUUCAACAUCCGGGACACAUUUCCCGUGUCCAAACAUCUCUUGCGGAAAUCAACCAGUCGUCACUAAGCUCGAUUGGAGUUCUUAAAUAUUGUUACCCGGGUUUCUCUCCACUGUCAACAACUCGCUGCCUUCGUUCGAGGCUGUGGUAUCGGAGGGUGAUCAGAACUCCUGCCACGAAGCGGCCAAGCGAUUUUUUUUUCACGGCCGAAUUCAGAUGGCUUCCUCCAUACCGCGGCUUUCCAUAUGGUCUAUAGCAUUUAUCCUUAUAUCCCUCUCCGGAUUGAUCACAGCAAGCGAUGAUGAAUAUGUGGAAGCACGGAUCGAUGGGGUCGAUUAUCUGGUUCGAGAUGAUCGUCAGCCUGCUCUUUAUACACUGAACUUCGGCUCUUGCAUGAGAGACAGUACAUUUACUGUUGAUCGCUUUGACGCUGCCUACUAUAAAGACAACAUGACAAUCCUCUUCAAUCUGGAUGGAGUGACGACUUUACAAAACGUUACCAGCAGGAUGCUCAUCUCGGUAUUCGCAUAUGGGGAAGAUCGAUUUGACCUUGUUGUGGAUCCUUGUCAGGCGAUGAUGGGAAAUGCUUGUCCACUUGAAGCCGGAGUGCGCCUUGAAUCAAGCGCAAUGAUUCCGGUCGGGCAGUCGGAUGUCGGAGGUAUUCCUGAUCUCGCGUUUUCCAUUCCCGACUUUGAGGGCCAAGCUAUUUUCAGGAUCUUUUCAAACACGGAUCAGUCCGAAAUUGCCUGCUAUUCCGCUGUCAUGACAAACGGAAACUCAUUCUCACAUCCUGAAUGGGUCGGGUCCAUACUGGGCUUAUUCACCUUCGUCGCUCUGAUAUCAUCCUUCGCUACCGCCAUAUACGGAGAGUCCAUUGGCGAAACACGGAAACACUACGCCCACUCGACUUCCAUAAUGCUUGUUUUCGCUGUUUGGCAACACAUAUACUUCAGCGGGGCACUCUCCAUGAACUGGCCCAGUGUAUUACCGGCGUUUUGGAGUAACUACGCAUGGGCGGGAGGGAUUAUCUACUCCGGAUCCAUGCAAAAUACGAUAAAUAACUUCGUUGGCCCUAACAAAGGGAAACCCGGAAUCCUAGGGGCGGCAAUGACAGACUCCGAAAACCCCACUCUAGGCGGUGGAUACGAUAUCAACAAGUUGUAUACUCGAGAUAUGCAAACAAAAUGGCAUGGAGAUCUUGUAGAAUCAGGCCUCCCAUUACCAGGAAACAACUCUGGUUUCGCUGGUACACUCUCGCCGACCAACGUACCGGCAUCAAAUGCUUUUAUGACUGGAUUCCUCUGGUUCCUGAUCCUCGUUGUCGCUGUAGCUGGAUCAGUCAUUCUCUUCAAGUUUGUCGUAGAGCUGUUGAUCAAAACAAAAUCACUCAAACGCAAUCGGCUCACGUACUUUCGAGCUCACUAUCUUACAUUCACUGGACUAGCUGUAUUGAGGACUUUUUAUAUAGGAUUCUUCGUCCUUAUGUUCCUCACACUAUUUCAGUUCACAUACCUCACGUCACCUGGGCCGCUUGCCGUCGCCUGUGUAAUAUUUCUACUAACACUGGCCGGCCUAGUCAGCCUAGUGGGAUAUGCUUGCUUCUACCGUAUCAAGUUCGGGGGAUAUACUACUGAACGUGAUCGCCUUCAUAUUGUUGGAUGCAAAGUACUCAAAGUGGUGCCGUUCUACACAUUCGAACGAGAAAGCAGAUAUCCACGGUCGGAAGACAAAAACUAUGGUGCUUCCUUUCCAUGGUGGCGAGUACGUUCAGCAGAUGAAGAGAAGUCUAUUCACGCCGACGAGAUUUUUACAAAGAGAUUUGGAUGGCUAGCCUCACGGUUUCGUAAGAACAGAUGGUGGUUCUUCACGAUCUGGCUAGCCUACGAAUUUGUAAGAGCCUGCUUCCUAGCAGGAGCCAUCAGUCAACCUAUGGUUCAAGUCUUCGGUCUACUGGCGGUUGAGGUCAUUGCUUUCAUUUUCAUUGUCAUAAUGCGGCCUUACGAAGGUCAGCGACUCAACAUACUGCUUGUAUACUUUCUCGGAAUCAGCAAGAUCGCUACGCUUGCCCUCUCCGUACCACUGGCUUCUCGAUUCAAUCUCGAACGCAUCCCCGCUACUGUAUUUGGGAUCGUAAUCAUCAUUGUUCAGGGGGUGCUCACCAUCGCAACCAUGAUAUUCAUUGUGCUCGGAGCAGCCACGAGCUACAUGUCAGUAAUGCGCAAUCGCGAAACGAUCAGCCCAAAGCGAUGGAUACCGAUACGUGAAAAGUAUUUCCAUCGCAUGGAUCUACGAUCUCAGGGCCUACCGCAACCCCGGCCGCCCAGAAAGACCAAAUCCAAGCCUAUUGAACCGCCUCAGGAAAUUGAGCCUAAAAAGCCUUCCUUCGACGUUAGGUCUAUCCGGCGCAUGGCCAAGGUCGAAGAUGAAGACCCAGAGUUUUUGAAUGAGAUUAGUGGCAUGGAUCCGUCAACAUCCGAAGUGGGUCUACCUGAACAAGCCCGCGUUGGUUCACCAACAUCCAACAGGCUUUCCAGAGCUUCCAGCGUUCGCUCGCAGUGGUCUUACUCGAGCGUUCCGCGCGGUGCUCGUGUACAUCGGGCAAGUUGGAGUGCGACUGAUUUCUCUGAACUCAACUACGGCACGGGGCGUGCCAGUAUGUCGAUGGAGGAUUCGCGAGAUAUAAAGCGGUCCCCGUCACUCAAUGCUCACACAGCCAACAGUAGUGAUAGCAUCGAGAAACGAGUGGAUCCGUCUUAUUCCCCUGGGGGUCAAUCAAUCCCCCCGAUUCCUGCGCGUGUAAGAAGUCUCUCAUCGUCUGGAUCAAGUCCACGCCCUGCAAGCUGGCGGUUAUCGGAAUCAUCCAGCGGCGCGAGGCCAUUGCUGCAGACUCUUUACAGCACAAACGAAAUUCCGCCUAUUCCGAAGCUACCCUAG